AAAGAAGCUUGCAUUUUAUGUACAUAUUGUUGCUGCUUUACAGAGGUAAACACGUGUUCCUAUUAUGUAUUCAUUUAUAGUUUAUCCUUUUAUUGUUUUUUUCAUAAUUUUUUAGACAAAACAAAAGAAAUUGUCUUGUACAGAAAUUGUUUGGCCAUCAUAUUUAUUAAAGACUCAAUUAACAGUUUAAGACAUGAAACUUGUCUCAGAACAAGCAUGUUGUAAUUUGGGGAAUCUGGACUCGAGACUUUAUUUGGACUUAACUUGGAACGUGCAACACUUUGAAUUGCCUUGCUGCUAAAAAUGUGCUAUAUCAAUAAAAUUACCUUCCCUUCCCUCUUGUUUUGACACUUAUGCUACAUUACAAUUACCUCGGAAGUCUCAGCUGGGUUUGAUAUUACACACUAGGUAACAAAUUUCCAGUGAAAGUAGUCGGAGAAAUAUAUAAACAUAUCUAUAUUGAUGUAAGUGCUGGACUGAUGAGCUUCUGAGUGUCAUGGUUUGCAGUCAUCUCUUGAAAUUCCAGUCAUGCCUCACAUAUUCCUGCAUUCAUCUCAGCUCCUGUAUUUUAUGGACUUGGCAAUUGGCCCUUUUUGAGUAAAUGUACAUGAAUGUUCAUAUUUCUGCACCUAAACUUCCAGCAGAUGAGAAUGAGGACACCUGGCUCAAGUCAACAUGUCACUGUGUUUGAAGGCUGUUGCUUUUUCCAGCCCCCUCUAGGUAUAUUUUGAACUGCGUGCAAGAUGAAGAUACCUUCCCCAUCCUUACAACCCUACUUCCUAUGCACUACCUCCCCCGUCUUUCGCACCAGCCAGGCACCCAUAAAUCUGACGUACUUUUCGCAUUUCCUGCACCAGACAGACACCGAAACAGAGGAAGGGGAGAAGCAGAUAGCUAUAUGAAGUUAGUGAGCAGUGGAUGAAACCAGGCCCAACCUGCAGGAGUCUGUCUCCCCCCUCUUCUUUACCUAUCCACCCAUCACCCCCACUGUCCGGAUACUCCCCCCACCUCCACGCCCCUGCAGCGGUCGCCACCAGCCGCAGUCUGCUCGCAACGGUCCGGCGAACAUUUGCCGAUGAGUCCCGGCGGCUGCAUCCGGAGCCUCACACCCGCGUCACGGUGCAGUAGUGGGGACACGCGCCGCUCCGCUGCUUCCAGUGAGCUCGAGCCCAGCUGAGAGAGUUGGUUUUCUCUUUUUCUUCUCAAUUCCUCGAAGGUAAAAACAAUGACACAGCGGCUCACAUCUGUGGCCUCUGCUCGGAUGUUUUCUGCAAUCUCGCGCUUGUUGGUACCUAUUUCUUCCCGGCUCGUCUGUUUUCCGGGCUAACUGUCGCGUCUCCGGGGCUGCCCUCCAGCUUACAUCGGGCAGAGGUGGGGGGAGCAUUUAGGUACUUUGCUGAACUGCUGACGUUUCACAACAAGAAGCAAAAACAGACGCUUCAGAAGCUUUCGGACCGCGUCAUAUUACACCGGAGGUGCUCAGCUGAUUGCCUCCGCGCGCGCGCCGCAGGAGAACAUUUCGUCAAUAACUGGACCUCUUUCCUCGUGGCGACAUGGUGGUCUUCAACGGGCAGUUGAAGAUUAAAAUCUGCGAGGCGCUGGACCUAAAACCCACGGCUUGGUCCCUGCGUCACGCCGUGGGUCCGAAGACUCAGACCUUCCUCCUGGACACGUACAUCGCCCUGAACGUGGACGACUCGCGCGUGGGUCAGACCUCCACCAAGCAGAAGACCAACAGCCCCACGUGGAACGACGAGUUCACUACGGAGGUCAUCGACGGCAGAAGGAUAGAGCUGUCCGUCUUUCAUGACGCCCCCAUCGGCUACGACGACUUCGUGGCCAACUGCAUCAUUCAGUUUGAGGACAUCCUGCACAGCGGCAGCAAGCACUACGAGAACUGGAUUGAUCUGGAGCCAGAGGGGAGAGUCUUUGUUGUUAUUGACUUAUCAGGAUCUUCCAGUGAAGAGGCGGGGUCUACCAACAAUGAGGAGCGGGUUUUCCGACAGCGAAUGCGACCCAGGAAGCGGCAAGGGGCUGUUCGGCGGAGGGUUCACCAGGUCAACGGGCACAAGUUCAUGGCCACCUACCUGAGGCAGCCCACCUACUGCUCUCACUGCAGGGACUUCAUCUGGGGCGUUUUAGGGAAGCAAGGUUACCAGUGUCAAGUUUGUACCUGUGUGGUCCAUAAGCGCUGCCAUGAGCUCAUCAUUACCAAGUGUGCAGGAAUGAAGAAGCAGGACGACACAGUUGGAGAACCAGUCGGGUCUCAGAGGUUCAGUGUCAACGUCCCGCACAAGUUCAGCAUCCACAACUUUAAAGUUCUGACCUUCUGCGAUCACUGCGGCUCCCUGCUGUGGGGCCUGCUGCGGCAGGGACUCCAGUGUAAAGUAUGUAAAGUGAACGUACACAGGCGAUGCGAGAGCAACGUCGCUCCGACAUGUGGAGUGGACGCCAGAAGAAUUGCGACCGUCCUCUCAGAUCUUGGAUUGACACCAGAUAAAAUCUCCAACAGCGCCCAGAGGCGGAAAAAGCUUCCUCAGGCUCAGGAUCCUCAGCAGCUGCCAUCAGAGCUACAUCAGACAGAGGAGGACCACUCGAGGUCCGCUCCCACCUCUCCAUGUGACCAAGACGUGAAGGAGCUGGAGAACAUCAGGAAAGCUCUGUCCUUUGACCACCGCGUAGAGGAGCACAAAGCACACCCUCUGUUCUCGCCAUCAUCAGUAAUGACGGUGGGAGAAAGAGAGGCAGAGGGCGUCGAUGGAAACGGAGUAAAGGAAGAGAGAAGCCAGGAGAAUGGCGAGGUCAAAGGUCACAGCGCUCCUGAGAUAAAAAGGAUGAACCUGCACGACUUCCUGUUCAUAAAGGUGCUGGGGAAAGGAAGCUUUGGAAAGGUGAUGCUGGCCGAGCUGAAGGGCACCGACGAGGUGUUCGCCGUCAAAGUGCUGAAGAAGGACGUGAUCCUGCAGGAUGACGACGUGGACUGCACCAUGACAGAGAAGAGGAUCCUGGCGCUAGCCAGGAAGCACCCGUAUCUGACCCAGCUGUUCUGCUGCUUCCAGACUAAAGAUCGUCUGUUCUUCGUGAUGGAGUACGUAAACGGAGGCGACCUGAUGUUCCAAAUCCAGCGGUCUAGAAAGUUUGACGAGGCGCGCUCCCGAUUCUACGCCGCUGAGGUCACGUCUGCGCUGAUGUUCCUGCACCGGCACGGAGUUGUUUACAGAGACCUGAAACUGGACAACAUUCUGCUGGACGCAGACGGUCACUGCAAACUGGCAGACUUUGGGAUGUGCAAGGAGGGAAUCCUGAAUGGAGUCACCACCACCACCUUCUGUGGGACGCCGGACUACAUUGCACCAGAGAUCCUUCAGGAGCUGGACUACGGUCCGUCAGUAGACUGGUGGGCUCUGGGGGUGCUGAUGUACGAGAUGAUGGCGGGACAGCCGCCAUUUGAGGCCGAUAACGAAGAUGACCUGUUCGAGUCUAUCCUGCAUGACGACGUCCUCUAUCCGGUGUGGCUCAGCAAGGAGGCCGUGUCCAUUCUGAGAGCGUUCAUGACGAAGAGUCCGAACAAGCGUCUGGGCUGCGUGACAGCGCAAGGCUGUGAGGAUGCCAUCAAGGUCCAUCCAUUCUUCAGAGAAAUUGACUGGAUGCUGCUGGACCAGAGGAAGAUCAAGCCUCCGUUUAAACCUCGUAUUAAAACCAAAAGGGACGUCAAUAACUUUGACCAGGACUUCACACGUGAAGAACCUGUCCUGACACCCGUGGAUGACAGCAUCAUCAAACAGAUCAACCAAGAUGAGUUCAAAGGAUUCUCGUACUUCGGAGAUGAAACAUCUUAGAUUGCCGACAUGUUGGAUCCCAACUACCCCAGGAAUUGGGAAUUGUGUCUUCAUUACAGAUCCUGUGCUUUUGUUUGUCCUUUCAUACAUAUGAACUAUGACUGUACGUUUCAGCAGCAUGAGGAAGGUGUGUGCAUGCAUCUCCAGAGAGACGCUCAUUCUUUCAUACAAUGUGACGUGUCUUGUAUCUGCCUGUAAAGAAUGUUUGUUGUUUUUUCUCUUGAACAUGUCUGAAUGGCAAAGACAUGAAUGAAUAAUUGUAUUUAAAGCAAAAAAAAGUGCUUUAUUCCCUGAAAAAUUAAGCGAGGAAAGGCAGAGAAGUUGGCGUCUUACGUUUAGUCAAAGCAAGAAAGGAAAUGUUAGGAAGAGGCACCAAGUCCUCAACAUUUGCAUUGCUAGACUUUAAUUUUAGUCCAGCUGUUUUAUUUGAAGCAAAGAAUGGAGAGAAAGCAGAAAAUGAUGAUGGCGUAUUAGGGCCAUCAUAUAUAGAAAAAAAAUUAGUAACUGUCCACCAAUAAACUCAGAAAUGCUACAAUUUUUGUUUUUUCUACAAUGUGCCUCAUAGGAAACUGAUAUUCCAGCUCUUAGUUUAGUCCUAAAUGGUACAUUAGUUUCUUGCUAACUGAGCCUGAUGUAGCGUGACACUGGGAGCGUCUGUUGCUGAGUGAAGCCCUUUCAGACGAUGAUGUUGGUUAGGGAGCCGCUGCCUGUGCUACCAAACACAAUUUUAGUGAGAUCUGCCUUCAUGUUUAGGCUUUUAGUUCUAUAAAGGCGCUUGUGCUUCCAGGCGAAGUGUGUUGGCAUGGCAACUCAAAUGGGAAAGCUAACCUCCUUCAUGGUUAUAAACUAGGUAGAAAAAAGUUUUUCAACUUUUAUUUUUCUGUAAAUAAUAAUAAUGAUUAGAAUUGUCAAACUCCUCCACCCUCAGACUGUCUUCACCAACAUGUUUACCUGAAUCCAGUUAUGAUGCACUGAAGAGUUACCACUUGGACUUUUUCAAGUUUUUUCAGGUUACAACCAUAAACUUUGACAUUUUUAAUGAAAAGUUAUUUUCUCUUUUUUCACGUAAUAAAACCACAUAGUAGUGAAUAACUGUAAAGCGGAAGGGAAAUAAAAUAUGGAUUUCCAAUAUUUCGAUAAAUAAUCAGUUCAGCCCCAUUAUUUUUCCUUAGAAAACCCGGAGUCUUCCUGUGGAAGACAUCAAAACAUGCCAUAUUUUCUUAAUUAAAUUUAGGUCUGGACUUUGACUGAACCAUUCUGAGACAUGAAUAUCAGACUAAAGGGGUCUGAAUGCAAGUAGAUGCAACUCAUUUCCAAGUUUUAUGCACUAUUCAGUGUUAGUUUCUUACAAAACAAAAUUUACUUAAAUUCAAUCAAGUUUGUGGUUUUCAGCUAAGAAAAUAUGGAAAAAGUUUGACUGGCUCUGCAUUGCACUGACGCAGACAUCUAGUUAUAUUACAAAUAGAAACAAUCUGGUCUGUGUUACAUCACAAAUAAAUCUUGAGGCAUAUUCAUACCAUAAGGUAUACCGUUUAUACAUUCCUACAUGUCUCUUAGCACCAUUUAAAACUGUCAGGGUUUCCUUUGAAAGAAUAAAAUAUAAGCAUUUCCAGACAAUUGAUUCUACAGCAUUUACACAUUGAAGGUGGUUUAUGAUAAUUAUUACAUUCCUUUAUAUAAAAAGCUGGCUUUAUUCAUUGAAAAAAGAUUCCUGCUUUGUCACAUGGACAUGCUUGGACCAAAAAAAUUAAAAGUCCCCUUGCUUGUGAAGGUGAUGGUGAUGUGAAGAGUCCAACAACAUUUUAAAAUACAGUGAACCCCACUCCACAUAUUGACUGAAAAUUUGCCCUUACAUCAAUUUUUUUUGCGGAAAAAUCUAAAUCAAAAGAAAAUGCAGCGUGGGUGGGAAGUAGCAGAGGGCAUGAAAUACCCAUGCCCUCUGCUACAUGACAUGCUAUUGGCUAUCAUUAGCAAAACAGCCAAUCAGGGAGCAGCAUGCAUGUUCAUUGACUGAUUGGCUGUACCCUCUGCAGAAAUGUAAAAUAUUCAGGAACCAACUUUAUGAAAUGUCUCUGGAUUCUUCACCUCACCAUUGCUUUGUCCCUCUCAGUGCCUCUUGGCAGGAAGCAAGUUUGAGCAAGAAGCUUCUGGAUCUCUUAUCAAGGUGAUAACAACCUACAGGGCUGGUUAUUAAGCCAGAAAACAAAAAAAGAUUUGCUAAGCGUGUUGGUCAUCCAGGCAUGAGGUCAGCAGCUUGGUGGUCACUAUUUGUUUCUGUAACACCUUUUGUUUGAGCAGCGGCUGUGAUUGGUUGACAUGUUGGAUGUAUUGGACAUAUUGGACGUAUCAUUUCUCAGCAGUCUAUACUCAAAGUGCAGGCGGGUUCAUGUUAAACUGAAUGUAUUUGCUCUGCAGUGUGUGUUUACAUUAUGCAGAGAGCUGUUGUCUUUAAGUUUUAUUUAAAACGUCUUUAUGUUUUCAUCGCUGUCUGUAGAGUUUGUGUGAUAAAUUUUGGUGACACUACACUCCCAUCUUCAGAGACUCAUCACUCCCACCUCUGAUGUUCAGAGGUUUUGCUUUAUGUUGCAGGUCAGAAAAGGUCUGAGAAAAUUCCAUGUGCAAUACUCCAUGAGAAACUUGUUUCCUUUAGGUAAAUGUACUCUAUCUGUCUCUGUCACUCCCAGGCCUUCCUUUCUUCCCUGACACAGAUUUACUUUCAGUUCUCAGUUGAGCAGAUGAGUGAGGAUGACUCCACAUAUUUCAAUAUCUUUGUAUCAUAUCAGUUGGAAUUACAUGUCCAAGUAUGUAUUUUUUGCAUAUAUUAUGUUUUCUCCAGCAGUUCCUACCCUCUACUGGAACUGGAUCUUUGGACGAUUGGGACCUCCAGUACUGCUAGAAUUUAAGCAUACAAAUAUUGCAGUUCACUCACAUUAAACAUUGUGUAACUGAUUACCGUGGAUCUAAAAGGAUCCAAAAGGGAGUGCUUCUCCUACAGUAGCAACACCUGCAGUUUGGAUGUGCAUAACAUCCAAACUCUUCCCUAGAAGUUUUUAGAUAGACGUUUGCUUAGAUUGAAAUUCUAGGUUUGAGCAGAGAGGUAGGAAGGUUUGGGGGGAACCAUGUGGGCCGGCUUGACUUCAUUCUGUGUGUUGAGCUCCUUCUCCAAUGACAAGUCUCACUCUGUGUGGUUAAUGUCUGGUUCCUUUGUGGCCCAGUCGGGCGUGUCAGAGUGUUCCUCACUAUGUGGCCGAAGACCUGCUGAUAUUUUUAUUUUACUCUUGUACCCAUGGGAGGCCAGAUUUUCUGACAUCUUUUGGUUCAUUUGUUUGUUGCCCUGAGCAGUUGAUGGUGAAUAGGCUCUUCCAACACAACUGAUGAAAAGUUUUGGAUCUGAAGGUUUGACCAUGAAACUAUGAAUAUUAUGGUCUUGUCAUAGUUUGAAGACGGUGGUUGAGAUGUUGUUGACUUAAAUCCAUGGGCCAAUCAACAAAUUCAAUCUGCUUCCAAUCAAAUUGCUUGGCUAGAUCUGCCUUGUACUACUAAUGAGGUGGUUUUUAAAAAACGGAAAAAACAGAAUCUUCAAAUGGAGAUGAAUCUGGUCGGGCUGACGGGGGAAGAACUGGUUAAAGCAUUGGUUGUGGAAAAGGAGCUUUAUUCAUAGAAAUACCAGAAUAAAGGAGAAUCACUGGUCUGUGGAAAGCACUGCCUUUACUGCGCCUACUUUGUCAUUGAUUUCUUUGAAACCACAAACUUUAUUGUAUUUUGUUGGUGAUUUUAUGUAGUCCAUAAUAUGCCAGUGGAAAUGUUGCAGGUUGGAUCGGAUCAACGGUUGGAGGAACCAACAAGAAGUUGCUUUAUGGGUGGGGUUUCUUAGCUACCCUGCACACUGACAAACUGAAAUUUAGGCCCCUUCCUCUUUGGAAAUUGCUCAUGUUCAAACUGGAUGAAGAGCGUCUGUACAUGCCACUGUUUAGAUUUUCCUACAACUUCUCAACUAGAUUUAGCUCUGGACAUUGACUGGGCCUUUCAAAAGACAAAACCUGCUUUAAUUUGAACUAACCAGUGGAGUUCUGGCUCCAGUAUGCUUCAUACUGGUGAUGGUGUGUUAAGUUGAAUGUGGAGUGUUAGUCUUAAACUAUUAUUAGCCUCUGGUGAAGACCUUGAGCUUCAGUUUUACUCUAAAUCAAUUAGAUGCACCACUCUAUUAAACGAUCUCAUAAAAUAUCAAUAAAUGACUUUGAAUGAAAUGUUGUAGAUGAUCUGCGAUAAGUGUGAAAAAGGAUAAUCACUUUUGCAAAGCACAGUAAAACAGAUCACUUAUAAACAUUUUAUGAAGUCACUGUGAAAACAUAUUGAGAUGAUGUAGUGUAGUAGCAAAUUUGGUACUAGAAAAACACAUGACCAAUCAAAAAACAGCAACCUUUUAAAGUGACAGAGGUUAAAACAGGCCAUUUUAGAGAGAAUAGUAAUAGCAGCACAACAAUUUACAAUGUAAAAAAUAUAAUGUAUUUUUAAAUGACGCUUGUGAAAAAUAAUAGAAUUAUUUGAAGAAGCAAGAUGUGGACUCUCGCUGAGUACUUUUAGUAUUCCAGCACUGGGCUUGUUUCAUGGAUUUCCUGUCACUCAAACUCUAAAAAACUGUAUUUAUGUCAACAUGUGAACAUAAUAUUACAGUUUGGGAGACCUGGCAUGCUGUAAUGCUGUAACUAAGUACUAGCAACAUACAUGUAGCAGUAAACAUGUAUCUCACUUAGCAGUAGAACAUGGAGCAAAUGUUUUAUUCCGAAUUUAAACUCUGAACUCCACAGAAAGCCAAGCAGACAGAACAGUUAGUCACGUUUCUUAUGUCCAUCAUUUUCAGUUUCCUCUCUUCCUCCUCUUUUUAUGUCUCCAUCUGCAACUUUGAAAAUAUUUAAAUGUCAAGUUGUAUGUCCCACUACGCCCCCCAAAAAAGAACACUGUGUCCCAGAAGUCUUCCAUUGCCGUUUGCCGUUUCCAACAAAAACAUCCUUGAGCUUAAUGUUCACUGAUUCUUUUCACAUCAGUAACAAGCAGUGAAAACUGAACUAAGUGCUAAAAUCAUUCUUCUAUACAGAUAGUUUCUGAUUGCAUACAUUUAGUUUUUUUUUUUGUGGGUCCUGUAUUUGUGAAGAUCUGUCAGUACAUUCUGUAAUGAAACCCGUGGUGUUAUUUUGUUUUCAUGCCUGUCAUGUGAGUUUAUGCCUAUUUUUUUAUUUUAUUUUAUUAUUUGGUUGUGCUUUGGUUGUGAAAGAUGUACUGUAUUUUCAAAGGAUAUGAAGGUGUAUUUUAAUUUUUGAAAGGAAUUAAAUAUGAUGUCAGAAUGAAA